UUAAAUGAGCGUUAUUUUAACUAAAUAAUUAGAAAAUAUAUCACUAUGCCGGACGUAAUGAUAUGUGGUAUACCAGUGAGUUUCCCUUUUGAGCCUUACGAUGUGCAAAAGGCCUACAUGGAAAGAGUUAUUGAAAGCUUGCAAAACAACUCCAAUGCACUCUUGGAGUCUCCAACGGGUACUGGUAAGACGUUGAGCUUACUAUGCUCCUCAUUAGCUUGGUUGUUAGUGAAGAAAGCCCAAUUACAAAUGAACGCACAACUUGGGAACUUCUCUGAACACAACGAAGCAUUACGAGACUCGCUGAAACAAGGAGCAGGGAAGAAAGAUAAUAUGACUUGGGGUAUGCCGAAAAUUAUAUACUCAUCACGCACACAUUCACAAUUAACGCAAGCAAUGCAGGAAUUAAAAAGAUCUAGUUACAAACAUGUUAAAGCGGCGGUUUUAGGGUCAAGAGAUCAAAUGUGUAUCCACCCGGAAGUUUCUAAAGAAACAAAUAACAUGAACAAAGUUCAUAUGUGUCAGUUGAGAGUCAAAUCUCGGACUUGCCAUUUCUACAACAAUGUUGAGACAAAGAAAGAAGAUAGAGCUGUAAAGGAUGAUAUUUUGGAUAUUGAAGACUUGGUUACUGUGGGAAAGAAAUUAAAAGCCUGCCCCUACUAUUUAGCGAAAGAGUUAAAGCAAGAUGCUGAUAUUAUAUUCAUGCCAUAUAACUAUUUGUUAGACCCAAAAUCUAGGAAAGCGAAUGGUGUCGAACUGACAAACAAUAUAAUUAUUUUAGAUGAAGCUCAUAAUGUAGAGAAAAUGUGUGAAGAGUCUGCCUCACUGCAGAUUAGAUCGACUGACAUAGCCCUGUGUAUUGAGGAGAUUACUUAUGUCAUGAGGUCAUUUGGUGAUACCAAUGAUGAACAACUCGAUGCGACCAUGGACAACAAUCAACCUAAAGACUUUACUUGUGAUGAUCUUUGUGUUAUGAAAGAAAUGAUGCUAGCUUUUGAAAAAGCGAUGGAUGAAAUCACUGUAGGCAACGAGGGUUCCACUUAUCCUGGUGGGUUUAUAUUUGAACUACUAGAAAAAGCUGAAAUAAAAGACCACAAUCAAAUGGCAGUCAUAACAUUGCUUGAAAAUCUAAUACAGUACCUAUCAACUGCGAGCGCAUCUCCUUUUCAACGGAAAGGGGUUGGGCUUCAGAAGAUAGCAGAUCUUUUGAAUGUUGUCUUCAGUGGCACAACUCACGCUCACAAAGAAAGGGUGAAGAUGUGUUACAAGGUGCAUGUUCAAGUUGAAGAUAAGAAAAACAACAAAAAGACAGACAGCUGGGGAGCUUUGAAGACAGCUAAAGCUAAAUCCUCAGAAAGAGUUCUAAGCUACUGGUGUUUCAGCCCAGGUUUUGGUAUGAAGCAGUUACUUGAGCAGAAUGUAAGAAGCAUCAUCCUAACUAGUGGCACCUUGGCCCCACUUAAACCUUUAAUAUCAGAGCUUGGGAUUCCAAUUGGAACACAAUUAGAGAAUCCCCAUAUAAUCAAAGCAAAUCAGAUCUGUGUCAAGAUUAUCCCACAAGGGCCCGACUCCACACAGCUAAACUCAAAUUAUCAGAACAGAGACAACCCAAAAUAUAUUUCUUCCCUUGGGCGGACGAUUUUAAGCUUUACCAGAGUAGUGCCUGAUGGUCUCUUGGUGUUCUUUCCUUCCUACCCCAUCAUGAACAAAUGUCAAGAAAUGUGGCAGUCCGAAGGCAUAUGGUCAGGUAUAAAUAACAUAAAACCAAUCUAUGUGGAGCCACAGAGGAAAGACACCUUUAAUGCUAUAAUGAGUGAUUUUUAUAGCAAAAUUAGCGAUCCUAGCACUAGAGGGGCAUGUUUCAUGGCUGUUUGCCGAGGAAAGGUGUCUGAAGGCUUAGAUUUUGCAGACAUGAACGGUAGAGCUGUUAUCAUAACUGGUUUGCCUUUUCCUCCUCUUAAGGAUCCAAGAAUAGUCUUAAAGAAAAAGUAUUUGGAAGAAUUGAGGGCCACUGAUAAAGACUUCUUGUCUGGAGAUGAAUGGUACUCCUUGGAGGCCACUAGAGCAGUCAAUCAAGCUAUCGGCAGAGUCAUUCGCCACCAAAAUGAUUAUGGUGCUAUCUUACUUUGUGACAGCAGAUUUAACAGCCCUAAGCUAAAAGGGCAGUUGUCAGCAUGGCUUAGAAAUCACAUAACUGUUUCCAAUAAAUUUGGAGAGACUGUAAGUGAAAUCUGCAGAUUUUUUAAAACUGCCGAGUCAACUUUGCCUUCUCCUAAAUUGAAACCUUUAGUUCCUACUGAAGUGAAUACUUUCAGAGCUAACCAAGGAAAUGUAACUGGAGUUUCUUUCCCAACUACUCAAACUAGAAUAGUAAGUAAAGCUCCUAAAAAGUCAGUCAGCCAAUACCCAAAUUCAAAUGAAGUGUAUGCAGACUUUGCGAUGGAUUUUUACAAAAACGCACAAUCAUCUGCCUAUGUCAAUGAGUUCAAACCUAAACAGACCAAGGAUCUUUUCAGUGCAAUUGAUAGUAGCAAUCAGUCAUGCACUAAAGCAGAGCCUUUAGUGACUAUUCAUAAAAGGAAUGUUGAAAGUCAGGAGGCAACAAUUUUACCGCCUAAGAAAAAGAAACUCAAAAUUAAACCAUUCGGUUUCGAUGAGAACUUAAUGGGUAGUAGUGAAGUAGCCCUUGUUGAUAAAGAACCACCUACAUCCCUUAUAGACUUUGUAAAAGAAAUAAAAACCCUUUUACAAGCUGACCAGUACAAGCAGUUUCAGACGUCAAUAUCAAACUACAAGAAAGAAGGGAUUUAUAGCAAGUUUUUAACAGUUUUAAUUAGUUUGUUAGAGAAUAGGAAAAUGUUUUAUUUAUUUAAAGGCAUGAAGAGAUUUUUAAAAGAGGAACAUAAAGGUAGUUUCCAGGAAUAUUGUGAUAAUGUGAAAUUAGAGAAUUUAUCAAAUUGACUUUUAAUUUAAUAAAUUAUUUUAACUA